GCGGCGCGCGGAGCCGCCGCUGCCCUCCCGCCGCCGCCGCCGCCGCGGGGCCCGCCCGGAAGUGACGUCACCUCCCACCCCCCCCACACACACCGCGUCCUCCCGGCACCAUGGGCGGAAGUGACGUCAGCCCCACCGUGGCGCUGCGGCUGGCGCUGGCGGGGGCGUGGCACGCGGUGCGGGGGCGGAGCCUGGGCCAGUUCCCCCGGGUGCUGGGGCUCCUCGACGCCGUGGGGCGGGCGGCGCCGGGGGCCGUGCGCUACCGCCAUGGCGCCCGCCUCCGCCUGGGCCUCCAGGCCGCCGUGGUGAUGCAGAUGCUGCGGGAGGCGCAGCCCGACGGGAAGGUGCUGGACGCCGUCGACUCCUUCUUCCCCGAGGGCGAGGCGCCGGGGGCGGGCCACGGCCACGCCAGCCCGCGGGACCUGGCGAUGGUGGCGGAGGCGCAGGAGAGCUUCCGGGAACUGGUGCUGGCGUUACUGGGGGACCGGGGCCGGCGGGCGGCCUACCUGCAGUGCCUCGCAGGGCGCGGCGGGCCGCGAGUACGGCGAGCCCUUCCUGCGGGCCCUCGAGCGCCUGCUCUUCGAGUACCUGCGGCGGCUGGAGGGCGCCCUGCCCCCCCCCGACCUGCGCCAGCUGCAGGAGGCCGUCCGGCGCCACGCCCCGCCGGGGCCCCGCCCCCGGGACCUGCCAAUCCUGAGCCGUUACCUGGCCGACAUGGGCUACGCCCACUGCGGCCCUUUGCCCCGCCCCUUGAGCUCCGCCCCGCCGCCGCCUCCCCGGACGCCUGGGUCCCUCCGCCGGGAGCCGCCCCGCCGGGUCCCAUCCCGCCCCGGGCUCCGGAGGCUCCGCCCCCUCCAGGCUCCGCCCCUGGAUGGGCCCAGGCGUCCGGGCCCCUCCCCCGGGGCGCCGCCCCCCGCUGCCAAAUAAAGAGCCAUGGAGCGCCGCCCCGCCUGCCACAUUCUGCGCCGCCCCGCCCCCCCCGCCUUCCCAUUGGCCCGUGCGCGGGCACCGCGGCGCCUCAUUGGUCCGCCCCGCCCCUCCCCGUUCGCCCUCAACGCGGGGGGGGGGGGAGGGGGCUGAACCAUGCGUCCAGGCGCGGGGGGGGGGGGGGGAGAGAGAGGGCGGGGGCGUAACGGGCCAAUGGGGUUGAAGGAGGGCA